UUAUCACGUGUACGUUUACCUCAACUGUUAGGAUAUAGACAGUCUGACAAAACAGAAAAAGAUGAUAAGAAUGUUCUGUGAUAAUAUGCGUUUCUUUCGAUAUAUUUUAUAAUGAUGUCGCCCUCCAUGUCUUUAUCUAAUGGAAUGAAUACAUUUUAAACACUUAUAAUUCAUUGAUUUAUUUUUGUUUGAAAAUAUGGAAGUUCCAGGAAAAAGGGAAAUAAAUGAUUUUUCUUGCAAACCUUGUGAAGAAAAUGACAUAUUUACUCAAGCGGAUGGAUUUUGUGUGAUCUGUGAAGAGAAUAUGUGUUCCAGUUGUUUUGAAACACACAAAAAAUGGAAACUAAAUCGAGAUCACACUUUAAUUGAUUGUAAUGAGGAAGUAACGCAGAGAGAAAAUCCAAGUGAUUUUGAGAAAUGUGAGCUACAUUUGAACGAAACAGUGAAGUUUUAUUGUGCACAGCACGGGCAAGUUGGUUGCGGAGAUUGUAUGGUCACAGGUCAUAGGUCAUGUAAGGUCGAUUAUAUUACUGACAUUAAAGACACAGCAGAGUUCAAGUCUUUAACCAAAGGACCGGAAAAAUGCAAGAUUGAAGCUGAGCAUGUGCUGUCCUCAAUUAAGAACAAUAUAGUUCAAAUUGAUGAUAUUAAUGGAAAAUUCAUACAGGAAGUUAACAUGUUCCGGGAAGAGAUAAUUUCAAAAGUGAACAACUUAUCAGAUCGUAUGCUUAAGGAAGGCGAGUGCAUUAAGGCUAAAGAUAACUUCAGUAUGAAAAAGUUAGCAGACGAAACUGAAAGUUUGAUUAAUGAUCUCAAUGAUAUGUCUGAUUUAUUAGAAUCAAAAGUUGAGAGUCCAAGUCAGCUCUUUGUUUGUUCAGUUUCAAAGAAACCGAAACUUGAUCAACUGAGAAUACAGCUUGAUGACAUCAAAAGUAGAAACAUUAUCGAAUGUUACGAGUUCAAAAGAGAUACCAAGCUAUCUCGCACUUUAGGAAGCAUAGGUCAACUUGGGGAACUAGAGAAAUACAAGGUGAAGGAUGUAAAAGAUGAUGAAGAGAUAAAAGAAGAUCAAGUUUUAAAAUCGAUGAAGUCUUUUGAUAUUUCAGCAAGUAAGGCUGAGCCACAACCGUUGCUUGACAGGCAGUUGAUAUGUAGAAAUAUAAAAGUGGAUGGAGAAUAUCUCAGUUAUGUGGACAAUGGAGACGGACAUGUUGGACAGUAUGUUGACAAGAAUGAAAUGGUGCAUGGAAAAUAUUUCGAAAUUGAGAUUUUAAGUUUAGGCCGGCCAGGAACAAUUGCUAUAGGUUUGGUACCAAGAAAUUACCCACACCAUAUGCCGCUGGGAUGGGGAAGGAACUCAAUAGGAUAUCAUGCGGAUGAUGGCCAUCUUUACCACGGAUGUGGCCAGGGCAAACGAUUUGGACCAAAAUACCUCGUUGGUGACAUGAUUGGCUGCUAUUUAUUUAAUACCGUCAUUAGUUAUGCAGACCGAGGUGUAUUUAGUUUGAUGGAUGUAACUCCCGUUACAGCUGUUUUUACCAGGAACGGCAAAAAGGUUGGAGAAAAGGUACUUCGAUUAAAUCGAAAUUUACAGCUUUUUGCUGCGGUUGGAAUGCAUUCUUCCGGAGAAAAAGUUAAAGUAAUACUGGAUGCAAAGAAACCAUGAAUGAGAAUGAGAAUAAGAAGCAAAACUUAACUAAUGAUAGUUACAUUUGUCUUCUUAUAUUUACAGUAUAUUAAGAUUUUAAGGGUAGUUAUGUGUCUUUUUUUCUGCUGUUGUCUCAAUGUUCUUGUCUCUAACGUUUACAUCUUCAAGCUUUUUUCAUUUGUUUUGUACAUUUAGAAGAAAAAUAAUUGAUCCUGUAAUACUAUCCAAAGGCAUAUAAUAUGACAGAUUUGAAUUAUCUUUUAAUGGCAAUAUUUACGGUAUGGUGUUUUUAGCUCACCUGUCACAAAGUGACAGGGUGAGCUUUUGUGAUCGCUUUUCGUCCGGCGUCCGUCCGUCCAGCGUCCGUCCGUCCGUAAACUUUUACUUUAAAUGACAUCUCCUCAUUAACCACUAAGCCAAUUUCAUCCAAACUUCACAGGAAUGUUCCUUUGGUGGUCACCUUUAAAAAUUGUUCAAAGAAUUUAAUUCCAUGGAGAACUCUGGUUGCCAUGGCAACCGAAAGAAAAAACUUAAAAUAUCUUCUCUUAAAAAACCCCAAGAGCUAGAGCUUAGAUAUUUGGCAUGAAACAUCUUCUAAUAAGAGUAUACCAAGUUUGUUCAAAUUAAAGCCCUGGGGUCAAAAUUGGCCCCGCCCCAGGGGGUCUUUGAUUUUCCCUAUAUGCAUAUAGUAAAAACUUAAAAUAUCUUCUUUUAAAGAACCCAACGAGCUAGAGCUAAGAUAUUUAGCAUGAAACAUCUUCUAGUGAGUGUCUACCAAGUUUGUUCAAAUAAAAGCCCUGGGGUCAAAAUUGGCCCGGCCCCAGGGGGUCAUUGAUUUUCCCUAUAUGCAUAUAGUAAAAACUUAAAAAAUCUUCUUUUAAAGAACUCAAAGAGCUAGAGCUAAGAUAUUUAGCAUGAAACAUGUUCUAAAUGGUGUCUACAAAGUUUGUUCAAAUAAAAGCCCUGGGGUCAAAAUUGGCCCCGCCCCGGGGGUCAUUGAUUUUCCUUAUAUGUAUAUAGCAAAAACUUAAAAAUCUUCUUUGAAAAACCCAAAUAGCUGGAGUUUAGAUAUUAAGCAUGAAACAUCUUCUAGUGAGUGUCUACAAAGUUUGUUAAAAUAAAAGCCCUUGGGUCAAAAUUGGCCCCGCCCUGGGUGUUAUUGAUUUGCCUUAUAUUUGUAUAGCAAAAACUUAAAAAUCCUCUAUGAAAAAACCCAAAUAGCUAGAGUUUAGAUAUUAAGCAUGAAACAUCUUCUAGUAAUUUUCUACAAAGUUUGUUCAAAUAAAAGCCCUGGGGUCAAAAUUGGCCCCGCCCCAGGGGUGUCAUUGGUUUUAACUAUAUGUGUAUAGUAAAAACUUAAAAAAUCUUCUUUAAAAAAAACCCAAUGAGCUAGAGCUUAGAUGUUUAGCAUGAAACAUCUUCUUAUGGGUGUCUACCAAGUUUGUUCAAAUAAAAGCCCUUGGGUUAAAAUUGGCCCUGCCAAGGGGGGGGGGGGGCGGAAGGAGGGGGUAGAUUGUUGCUUUUCAUUAUAUAUGUGUAGUAAAAACUUAACAUCUUCUAAUGGGUGUCUUCCAAGUUUGUUCAAAUAAAAGCCCUGGGGUUUAAACUGGCCCCGCUCCGGAUGCCUUUAUACAGGUGAGCGACCUCAGGGCCAUCAUGACCCUUUUGUUACUUGUGUGUCUUUUUUUAAGCAUUGUGUGACAAAAAAUGGCCAAAAAGAUCAAAAGGGGUAGGUCAUUGUUUUUCCUUAUAUGUGUAUAGUAAAAACUUAAAAAAUCUUCUUAGAGCUAGAGCUUAGAUAUUUAUCAUGAAACAUCUUCAAAUAGGUUUCUACCAAGUUUGUUCAAAUAAAAGCCCCUGGGUUAAAAUUGGCCUCGCCCGGGGGCCUAUAUACAGGUGAGCGAUUUCAGGGCCAUCAUGGCCCUCUUGUUGUAUUUUCUUUUUUAUAUAAAAUAUUAUCUAAUAGCUACAUGUGGAUCAUCGUGUAGAUAUUGAUAUUCAAAACGAUUUCAUUUUUUUACCAUCGUUUAUUAUUCCUCGUUAAAGACUUUGGAAUAUACAAUGUCAUUUAGAUUUGGCUUUGUCCAUCUUCCCAUUGUUUUCUUGUUAAUGGCAUACGCUUUCUUUAAACGUUAUCAAUGGAUAGAUAUAAAGAAGAAUAGUUCAGCAUGAGAGUUAUAACUUUCAAGGGUAUUAUUUUUUAGUAUUUACUCUUUACAAAUUUUCCAACUUUAUUCUUCAGGGUAAAACUGCAAAAGUAUAAAAUGUAUAAAUUUAAAAUUUCAGAGAUAGAAUGAUUUGAUUGAAUGCAGUGUACAAGAACAAUAACUUUCAUAACGUUCUUGUCUAUAAUUAUUUUUGUAUAGGGCAUAGCUCGAAAAGAUAGAAGGUAUUUUUCUUUAUAUAUUGAUAGAUCAUAUUGCCAAUGUUGAGUGUCUAAGAACCAAAACUCUUUUACUCCAUAACUUUGGAUUUACUGCCUUUUUAGCUCACCUGACCACGAAGUGGUCAAGAUGAGGUAUAGUGAUGGGGCUAUGUCCGGCGUCCGUCGUCGUGUGUCGUGCGUUGUGCGUCGUGCGUCGUCAACAAUUGGGUUGUUAACAGUCUAGCAGUCACAGUUUUGAUUGGAUCAUCAUCAAACUUUGUCAGAAUGUUUGUCUCAAUGAAAUACAGAUCGAGUUCGAAGAUGGGUUAUCUCGGGUCAAAAACUAGGUCACAGGAGCUAAAAGUAGAAAAAACUUGUUAACACUCUAGAGGCUGCAGUUUUCAUCCAUAUACUCUGGAAAUUUGUCAGGAAGGUUGUUUUGAUGAUAUCUAGGUCAAGUUUGAAGAUGGGUCAUCUCAGGUCAAAAACUAGGUCACAGGAGCUAAAAAUAGAAAAAGCUUGUUAACACUCUAGUGGCCGCAGUUUUCAUCCAAAUAUUCUGGAAAUUUGUCAGGAAGGUUGUUUUGAUGAUAUCUAGGUCAAGUUCGCAGAUGGGUCAUCUCCGGUCAAAAACUAGGUCACAGGAGCUAAAAAUAGAAAAAGCUUGUUAACACUCUAGGGGCUGCAGUUUUGAUCCAAAUAUUCUGGAAAUUUGUCAGGAAGGUUGUUCAGAUGAUAUCUAAGUUAAGUUCGAAGAUGGGUCAUCUCAGGUCAAAAACUAGGUCACAGGAGCUAAAAAUAGAAAAAGCUUGUUAACACUCUAGUGGCUGCAGUUUUCAUCCAAAUAUUCUGGAAAUUUGUCAGGAAGGUUGUUUUAAUGAUAUCUAGGUCAAGUUCGAAGUUGGGUCAUCUCCGGUCAAAAACUAGGUCACAGGAGCUAAAAAUAGAAAAGCUUGUUAACACAUUAGGGGCUGCAGUUUUCAUCUAAAUAUUCUGGAAAUUUGUCAGGAAGGUUGUUUUAAUGAUAUCUAGGU